AUGGAUCGCGCAAGGAAGCGCGAACUGCGCGCCCUGAACGAUCGAGCUUGGACUGGCGAAAAAUGCCUCAUCGACGUCAGCUCGUCUCUCGACUCGUCGCUGCGCAAAAACACGUCGUUCAUGAAGCGUUUGCGAACCGCGAUAUCCGCUGCGAACCUCAACACCUUUAUCCAAGAGAUCAAAACGCUUAGCUUGCACAAGUACCUUUCCGAGAUCAUAUCAGCUUGCUACGAGGGUCUCUGCCGCCUCAAGACGCCGUCCGAGAUUGAAGCCGGAGUCGAAAUUUUGAGCGCCCUCCACCAACGUUUCGGACCCGAUGAGUUCACACAGCAUCUGGGGUGGUUGCUGGGCAGGGGGAUGGCCACGCCAGAGAAGAGCUAUUUGAAAACCCUGCCGGCUGAGGCUAGAGAGAAGGAAGAGAGGGAGCGGCUGGUGCGCCAGCGCGUGCUCAUAAGGGUCGUUACAGAGCUCUGGCUCGUCGGUGUCCUGCGGACCCUCGACGACACAACCCGACCUGAUGAUGGUACAAAGGGUGUUCCCGGAAAACCUCAAGAAGCAAAGGCCCGCACCAGCAUUAAGGGCGGUGGUGCUGAGCCGUUUCCUCUUGAAGUCCUGAAAGAUCUGCUUGGGCAUGAUCGAGAGCACGUCAACCUGCCGCUUCUGGUCACCUUUGUCAAAUCUUUCAGCUGGGAUGUAUUCGGCAUCAAGGCUGCAGGCGCAGAUGGACGGAAGACAGUGGAGGAAGACGGGGCUACUAAGACGACCAACGGCGGCACUGAUCCGGAUCAACAGGAGUCAAAUGACAUUGGCGGGACUGCCGAUGACGAGCCCCUUACGCCCGUGGAGCUGCAGGAGCGCUUCAGAAACGUAUUGAAAAGAUACUUUGAAGAUGUCAAGGCACAUUUGGAACGCGACCAAAAGGCAAUCUCUAAUCAGUCUCGCAGGAACGCAGAAGCUUAUGUCAAAUCCGGCGAGGUCUUUGAAGAUCGCCAAGCCAACUUUGACAAGCAAGUCAAAGCGCAGGAGAGGCUUGUGUCAAAUGCUCAGGUGCUUGCUGACAUGCUAGGAGCCGAAAUGCCGGAUUUGAAGGACGACACUGAUCCAAUGGCCAACGCCAACGCCUCGAUUGGCUUGGUGAGGACUGGGGAAUAUCUCCGUGGCCAAGGAGAAGGUGCAGGUAUCUGGGAAGACGAAGAGGAGCGACGCUUCUACGAGAACCUGGUAGAUCUGAAAGGCAAGGUACCCGCUAUUCUUCUUGAAGACGCCAAAAAGAAGAAGACCGAGACCGACGAGCAAGUCGGCAAGCGAGUCGAUGCGGCCGAACCUACCGAUGUCGCCAAGGGCGCCGAACCUGCAGACGACCAAUCUACUGCUAUCGCAAACAAAACUACUGGGGCUCAGGUUGACGCUAUCCUCCUGCGGCUUCCGGACAUGAUCACAAAGGACAACGUCGACCAAACGGCGAUAGAUUUUUGCUUCCUAAACUCAAAGGCAUCCCGCAACCGGCUUGUCAAAGCCCUCACUGACGUCCCCAAGGGACGCAGCGAUCUGCUCCCAUUUUGGGCCAGAUUGGUGGCCACUCUGGGUCAGCACAUGCCAGAUAUACCCAAGGGUGUUGUCGAGUAUCUCGAUGCGGAGUUCCGCAGCCUGCAACGCCGCAAGGACAAGGACUUCUUAAGCCAGGUUCGGCUGAGCAACAUUCGCUACUUGGCCGAGCUCACAAAGUUCAACAUAGUGCCUGAGCAUGUAGUGUUUCACUGCCUCAAGGUUAGCCUGGAGGACUUCUCCAAAAUGAACAUCGAGGUCAUCUGCAACUUGUUGGAAAACUGUGGUCGCUACCUUCUUAGAAACCCCGAGACCUCGCCCCGUAUGCUAUCAUUUCUGGACACACUACAACGCAAGAAGUCGGUCCAACACAUAGGACAGGCCGAAAAGAUGCUCAUCGAGAACGCCGUAUACUACGUCAACCCCCCGGAGCGACCUGCCAUUGAGCAAAAGGAGCGAACACCCAUGGAGUUGUUUGUCAGAAAGCUCGUCUAUGUGGACCUUUCGAAACGUAACUACAGCAAGGUCUUGAAGCAGAUUAGAAGGCUUCAUUGGGAGGAGAAAGAAGUGGUUGCCAUCCUGACAAAAGUGUUCACCAAACCUGGCAGGGUGAAAUACGGAAACAUUUACCUCCUUGCCAUUCUGCUCGGGGCCAUUUGCAAGUAUCACGUCGUCUUUACAGUCACGGUCAUCGACACCCUCAUCGAGUCUAUCACCUUCGGGUUGGAACAAAACGAGUUCAAGUUCAAUCAGCGACGAAUCGCCGAGGCCAAGUACCUGGGAGAGCUAUACAACUACCGCAUGUUUGAUCACUCGGUCAUCUUUGACACCAUGUAUAAGAUCCUCACAUUUGGUCAUGGCGGACCUCCGGUACCGGGACGGAUCAAUCCUUUUGAUCUUUCGGAUGACUUCUUCAGAAUCCGGCUGAUUGCAACGAUUCUUGAAACUUGUGGCAUGUUCUUCAACAAGGGUGUCCAGGGGAAGAAGCUUGAUUAUUUCCUCUCGUUUUUUCAGUAUUACAUCUUCACAAAAGAACCUCUGCCCAUGGACAUUGAAUUCAUCGUCCAAGACACAUAUGCUCUUACUCGUCCUCAGUGGAAGUUGGCCACCAAUCUGGAAGAAGCUUCAAGGGCGUUUCAAAUGGCCAUUGCCCAAGACCAGAAAAACUCUGGCCUCGACAAGGUCCUCGAGCAGGAUGAUGGCACUAGUGGUCCAUCGUCAGACGAUGGAGAGGGCGAUGGCGAUGAUCUCAACAUUGCUGAUGUCGAUGAGGAUGAAGAGGUGGAAUCUGACGAAGACGAUGAAAACGACGGAUCACACGUGGACAGUGAUUCGGAGGACGAGGCGAUUGUCGUCACAAGGGAGGAGGAGGAGGUCAAUCCAGAGGACGAGGCCGAGUUUGAGCGCGAAUACGCCAAGAUGAUGGCCGAGAGCCUGGAUUCAAGAAAGUUUGACAGGAAACCCCUAUUCGACGUACCGCUUCCAAUGCGCACCAAAAACCAGGCCGCCGAAGGUCCUGUGGUGAAUGCACCCGGGACUAUGGCAUUCUCGCUUCUGACCAAGAGAGGCAACCGGCAGCAGACCCGCACCGUCGAGCUCCCGUCCGACUCUAACUUUGCCAUUGCCAUGAAAAACCAGCAGGCGGCUGAGCGGGAGGAGCAGCAACGUAUCAAAAACCUGGUGCUGAACUUGGACCUAGGAGAAAACGAGACAGAAGAUGGACUUAACGACUCAGCGACCUGGCACGGACCAGACGUAGUGAAUCUGCUCGUCAUUUUUAAAUCUAUUCGCGGCCAGCUUCAGCGAGGCGGUUCAUCGAGUAAAGUCACACCACAGGUGCUCGCAACAAACUCGACUUCCAGCUCAAGACGGCAAUAUGGCAAGAUGGAAACCGCACCAAGAACAUAG